AUGGCCAACCAGCGCAUCUUCAUCACCGGUGGCAGCGGAUUCGUUGGCUCCGCGGCAAUCGAACUGGCCAUCUCCCGCGGCUACCAAGUCCACGCACUGUCUCGCUCCGAGAGCAGCGACGCCAAACUGACAAAGCUGGGCGCAGUCCCCGUGCGGGGCGACCUGCGCGCCUUCGACGUCUUGCGCCAACAGAGCGCCCAAGCCGACAUUGUGCUUCAUUACGCCGACUCCUUCUUUGACAACGUCGCCCAGGACUACGCCGGUGUCGUGCGCACCGACAAGGCCGCCGUGGACGCCAUGAGCGCCGGGCUCGAGGGCAGCAACAAGCCCUUCGUCAUCACCUCCGGCUCCCUGGUCGUGGCCUCCACCGGCGCCGAGACGAGCGAGGAUUCGCCUCUGUGGGAGAAGCCGCUGAACGACCGCAUCCUCAGCGAGCGGCACGCCCUGGAGCAGUGCAGCAAGGGGAUCAAGGUCUCCGCCGUCCGCCUCGCGCCCUUCGUCCACGGCCGAGGUGCCAGCGGCGUCAAGAGGGUCAUGACCAUGUUCUCCAACGCCGGCAAGGCCAUGUACGUCGGCAGCGGCGAUGUCGUAACCUCGGCCGUGCACGUGGACGACGCGGCGGACCUGUACCUCCUGGCUGCCGAGAAGGCCGAGGCCGGCGAGGCUUUCAAUGCCGUGGCGGAAAAUGUAACGAUGCGAGACCUGGCGGAGGCUAUCGGAGACGUGCUCCAACUCCCGGUGAACUCGGUCUUUUACGACGAUGCUGCAGCGCAGUGGGGCGAGUUCUUUGCCCGUUUCCUGAGCACGGAGAACUGGGCAUCGGGGAAAAAGGCGGCAGACAAGCUGGGCUGGGGGCCAAAGGGGCGGCGUAUUCUUGAUGAUGUCAAGACUGGUUCGUAUGUUGCGGUCGCUGGGGAGAUUGGUCAUCGCUGA